AUGCUCCGUCCAACAGCUCUCCGGCCGGUGCUGCGGUCUUCACCGCGGUGCCAGCAAUGCCUCCGCCGCAGCCUCUUCUCCGGCAAAGGCUCGACCCGCGCAUCGCAAGACUUUGAUCUCAACAAGCUCAAUUCCCAGCGCCGCGACUACGAGCGCCAUCGCACGAUAUUCCUCGCUUCCGGAGCCACCGCCGGCCUCAUCUCAUUCAUCUACACAGCGUGGAAGCUGAAGGAGGCGCUGGCAGAACAGAGUGAAAAGCAGAAGCAGAAGGUUGCAGUCAAGUGCGACGCACCGGCAAUCCCCACCGAGACGUUCAAGACCGAAGCUGGAGAGAAGCGGAAAAUAGUUGUGCACGAUGAGGAAGGGAGGGUCAUUGUCCCCACGGGGAACAGCGUGGUGCCCGCAUUCCCGCGAACCAUCAACGUCAAGCUGCCAACUUCGCAAGAGACCAACCCCGUUGCGGCAAGCAUAUCGGACAAGGAGGGCGACGAAUUCACACUUGUUGGCUUGGGUAUACGUACCGUGACCUUUCUCAGCAUCCAGGUCUACAUGACGGGAUUCUACGUUGCGACGCAGGAUAUUGCAAAGCUGCAGCGGUAUCUGGUCAAGAAGAUCAACCCCACCGCCACGACGCUGAUACCCGCCGAGAAGGAUGCCCUGCGCAAGGCUCUCCGGGAUGCGACAGAAGGCGAGGAGACGUGGGAUACGCUGUUGCGAGAGGCCGGCUGCCGCAGCAUCUUCCGCAUCAUUCCCGUCAAGGACACCGACUUCCCGCAUCUGCGCGACGGCUUCGUGAGGGCCAUUGCCGCGCGAUCGCAGCGCAGCGCGGCGUACAAUGACGACGCUUUUGGCGUGGCCAUGCGAGACUUUAAGGCGCUCUUCAACCGAGGCUCCGUGCAGAAGAAGCAGGAGCUGCUGCUGUGUCGCGACGAAAAGGGUCUAUUGUCGGUGCUCUACAGCCCUGACACUGGACAUGAUCCUAAGAGAGAGGUCAUGGGCACAUUUGGCGAGGAGAGGCUGUCGCGACUGUUGUGGCUGAAUUAUCUCGCCGGUAGCAAGGUUGCUUCAGAGCCGGCACGGGAGAGCAUCAUCGAGGGCGUUAUGGAGUUUGUAGAGAGGCCGAUUGGAACGGUGGCAACCCAAGUUGUAUAG